AUGAUUAUGCCAUUGGGAAGAAUCGUGAUGUCUCGCGACUUCAAACUUGGCGAGGCCGUAUCGAUAGGAGUUGCGAUGAAUCAUUCCGUUAACAUUGCUAUGUACAUCACUAUCGCUACGAAUUCACAAUCGGGGUAUCACCAGCUCCAUGCAAGCGCAACAUAA